GUCUGGAGGACAGGAGGUUAUCACAUAUCCGCGGUCAGAAAAGCCACGGGCGCUCCCCAUAUUUGAUUGACCAACGAAAGUCCACGCCGGGAGACACCGUUGGAAAUGGACGCUCCACGCGACGACCACCGCCUCUCCGAGAACAGGAAUGGCAACGGCUGCGGUGAGGCCGAUGGUCGGCUUUCGAAGCGGCCGCGGCCUCACCCUGCGCCCAUCUCCGCCGCUGAGAUCGUGGAGGAGUUCUCCCACAACGACCCCGCCGUGGCGCGCGUCAACAACGGCAGUUUCGGCUGCUGUCCGGCGUCCGUCCUCGCCGCUCAGCUCCGGUGGCAGCGCCUGUUCCUCCGGCAGCCCGACGAGUUCUACUUCAGCAGCCUUCACCCCUCGCUGACCCGCUCCCGUUCCCUCGUCCUGGAGCUCAUCAACGCCGCUCACCUCGACGAGGUCUCCCUCGUCGACAACGCCACCACGGCCGCCGCCAUCAUCUUCCAGCACGUCGCUUGGUCCUUCAUCGAGGGCGCCUUCAACCCUGGCGACGCCGUCGUCAUGCUCCACUACGCCUACGGCGCCGUCAAGCGGUCCAUCCACGCCUACGUCACCCGCGCCGGCGGCCACGUCGUCGAAGUCCCCCUCCCCUUCCCGCUGUCCUCCCCGGACGAGGUCGUCGCCGAGUUCCGCCGGACGCUAGGCCUCUGCCGGGCCGGAGGCCGGAGGGUCCGCCUGGCCGUGAUCGACCACAUAACCUCAAUGCCCUGCGUCGUGAUCCCGGUGAAGGAGCUCACCCGGAUCUGCCGCGAGGAGGGCGUCGAUCAGGUGUUCGUCGACGGUGCCCACUCCAUCGGCAACGUCGAGGUCGACGUGCAGGACAUAGGAGCCGACUUCUACACCAGCAACCUCCACAAGUGGCUCUUCUGCCCGUCCUCGGUGGCCUUCCUGCACACGAGGGGGUCAUCGGCGGCCGCGCCGCGCCUGCACCACCCCGUGGUCUCGCACGAGUACGGCAACGGCCUCCCACUCGAGAGCGGGUGGAUCGGCAACCGGGACUACACCCCGCAGCUGGUGGUGCCAGCGGUGGUGGAGUUCGUGGAGAGGUUCGAGGGCGGCUUGGAGGGGAUCCGGCGGAGAAACCACGAGAAGGUGGUGGAGAUGGGGAAGAUGCUGGCCGAGUUCUGGGGAACUUUUCUCGGGUGCCCGCCGGAGAUGAGCUGCAGCAUGAUAAUGGUGGGCCUGCCGGGCUGCCUAGGAAUCUCCAGCGAGACAGACGCAAUGAAGCUCAGGGCCCUGCUGAGGGAUGAGUUCAAGAUCGAAGUGCCCAUCCACUACCAGUCACCACCCAAGGACGGUGAGGCAGCAGGGGCGACGGACGAGAGCGGCGCCACGGUCACGGGUUAUGCGAGAAUUUCCCAUCAGGUGUACAAUGUGGAGAACGACUACUGCAGACUCCGGGAUGCUGUUCACAAGCUCGUUCGCGAUGGAUUCAGUUGCAUCCAAAGCACAGAGCGCGUGCCAUCUAAAGUCAAAGAUGGAUGAACUCCAUUUGGUUAGAGACUUUCUUGUGGUUGUGUAGGAAGGAAUUCAACAUAGCUCUAAGUGAGAAGCAGCUAUUGGAUUUCAGUCAAGAUUUUCUAAGCAUGGAGGCUGUGGCAAGUUUCAAAGACCAUUAGGACCAGUUAGUUGGUGCUUAUUGGGGGCUUCUUGAAGCUUGACCGGGAAACAGCAGCUAGCUGCUUGCUAGAUUUUGAUUAAGCUUUUCUAAGUGCUUCCUGGUGGAUGUGACAACUCUCAAACACCUCUUUUAAGUCAAUGUGUUGGUGCUUGGUGUGUCAUCCUGGAUUGAUUCUAAAUGGCACGGAUCAUUUCUGGAAGCAAAGAAAAUAUAAAUGGUCAUGUAAAAGGGUGAAUUUUGAUAAAGUC